GGGAAGGGGGGGGGGGGUUUCCUCAGGAGCCGGGCGGGGGGGGCAAUGGGAAGCAGCAGAAGUUCAAGCCCGAAUGGCCGCGCGCAGCGUUGAGGUUCGUAGGGGCCCGGGAUCGCCCCGCGCUCACCGACGGACACACCACGACUCGAGGUGGCGUAUGGCCCGCUUAUAGAGCCGCAGCACCUUCUGCUGGUGCGACAGAUAUUGGUAUUAAUUUGACAGAUCCUAUGUUCAGAGGUAUUUACAGGGGUACACGGAAACAUCAAGAUGACUUUUCGGAUGUGAUAGAGAGAGCCGUGAAAACAGGUGUUAAAAAGUUUAUGAUUACAGGUGGAAAUCUACAAGAUAGUAAAGAUGCGUUGCAACUGGCACAGACAAACGACAUGUUUUACAGUACGGUUGGCUGUCAUCCCACUCGCUGUGGAGAAUUUGAGCAGAGUAACCCUGACCAUUAUUUAGCUGAAUUGCAAAAUCUCGCUGAAAAAAAUAAGGGGAAGAUCAAAGCAAUUGGGGAAUGUGGCCUGGAUUUUGAUAGAUUAGAAUUUUGCCCUAAAGACACCCAACUCAAAUAUUUUGAAAAACAAUUUGAUCUCUCAGAGCAAACAAAAUUACCAAUGUUUCUCCAUUGUAGAAAUGCACACACUGAAUUUUUAGAGAUAAUGAGAAGGAAUAGAGAUAGAUGUGUGGGAGGAGUGGUACAUUCAUUUGAUGGAACAAAGGAAGAAGCAGCUGCCAUAAUAGAUUUGGAUCUCUAUAUAGGAAUAAAUGGUUGCUCACUGAAAACAGAAGCCAACUUAGAAGCAUUGAAGUCAAUUCCUAAUGAAAGAUUAAUGAUAGAAACUGAUGCUCCCUGGUGUGGCGUAAAAAAUACUCAUGCUGGAUCAAAGUGUAUAAAAACAACAUUUCCCACAAAAAAGAAAUGGGAACUAGGGCAUUGCUUGAAGGACAGAAAUGAACCUUGCCAUAUAAUUCAAGUCUUGGAGAUAAUGACAGCAGUAAGAGAGGAAGACCCACUUGAACUGGCCAACACGCUUUACAACAAUACUAUUAAAGUCUUCUUUUCAGAUAUGUAAAGUUAUGUUUCUUUCUUUUAUUUUGCAUGCUUUAUACAAAAAUCUCUUAUUCUUAUUUAAAAAAACCCUGCAAAUUAAGCUUGUCAUUUAGAAAAAAUUAGUGUGAUACCACAAUAUGACAAGAUUAAACCUGUCUCUGUAAGAAAAA